AAUAAUUCUGAUUAAAUUGUGAAUAAAUUGAGUUAUAAUUACUUAGUAGCAUUGUCCUGGUAGGUAUCUUAUUUUUAGGAAAUUAGUUUAGCUAUCAAAAUCUAAGUUACAUUAUCGAUUCUCACAUUCGAAUAUUGGAUACUUUGAAAUGAGGGUCAUGGAAAGAAAGAGGUCUGUUUGAGUUUUGACAUGGUAUUGUGCUUGUACAGAUAUAGAUAAGUGCAGAAGGCCUUUGAUAUGUUUGUACCAAUGAGCUUAAAUUCAGGGAAUUUACUUUGGAUUGUGAGAAAUCAUUCAACGUGAUCAGGAAAAAGAUCAAGGCUGUCUUAGGUUUAGGGAUUUUGGCUUUCUACUGGGCGGUUGAUGCCAACAGAUGCAGGAUGUUGCUGGUGAGCGGGGAGGCUACCUUCAUGGGCGAGGAGCAUUGGACAGUGAUGAUUUGCUUUACCUUAAAGAGCAAAUGGAGGCUGAGGAAGAUGCAGAGCGUCUCCUCCGUCGUACAGAGAAGCGGGCAUUUGCUGCCUUUAAGCAAGCAGCAGUUCUAGCUGAUUCUGCACCUCCUAUUCCCGCGGCUCUUCGGGUCGAGCCUAGACCCAAAAGUGAUAUAAGGCAACGUGAUCUCUUGAAGAAGAUUGUCGAGAUCAAACCAAAGCGAGCAAAAGUCAGCAGCCCUCGACAAACAGCAGAGGGUGAUAGACCUAAGCAGGAACAAGAAGAUUCUAUGAGGAAAAUGUCUACGCAUGAAGGUGAAAAUGAACUGUCUCAAGGGUCUGUCAUCUUUGUGCAACCUCUGUCAAAACCAGGUGAUCCAGCGGAGGCCAAGUCGCAGAAUGCAGCUGUAAGCUUACUUGGUUUAGCGUAUGAGAGUUCGGACGAGGAAUAGUUUGUGGCGUGAAGAAAUUGUUGUAGACUCCGUGUUGAAGUUUUUCUGUUCUCUUGCUAGACUGUGUUGUAUCAUCAGAAGGAUAAAGAACUUAUGCCGGCACUGAUUAGGUGUCACUGCUGGAAAUCAAGCCUGAGUUACUUAUUGGGUAGACUA